UGUGUUUCUGUUCAGGCACUAUUUUAGUCAGCCAACAAAUUCUUGGGCCCUUGAAAGCGUAGUCAGGGAACGCUGCUGGCCGAUCGUCUGACAGGGAAGCGGUGUCGGCAAACUCAUAUCACACAUACAGAACAAAAUGGCGUCCAUGUUGCUGACGACGAUGCGGAGCUGCUCAGUCAGCCCUGCAGUGGCGAUGCGGUUUGGGGCACGAUCUCUCAGCACGACAGCCCAGCUUCAGGCUCAGGCUCAGACAAAGAGCAAAAAGACGCUGGCCCGACCGGGUAUGAAGAACAUAGUCCUGGUUGAAGGAGUUCGAACCCCUUUCCUGUUGUCUGGAACAACGUACGCUGAUUUAAUGCCCCACGACCUGGCCAGAGCAGCACUGCAGGGUCUGCUGAACAAAACCAGUGUACCAAAAGAUGCUGUUGAUUACAUCAUCUAUGGGACAGUCAUUCAGGAGGUCAAAACCAGCAAUGUAGCACGAGAGGCAGCCUUGGGUGCUGGCUUUUCUGACAAGACCCCAUCUCACACCGUCACCAUGGCCUGCAUCUCCUCCAACCAGGCGAUGACUUCAGCCGUGGGCCUGAUCGCUGCAGGCCAAUGUGACAUUGUCGUUGCAGGAGGAGUAGAGUUCAUGUCCGACGUCCCCAUCCGCCACAGCCGUAAGAUGAGAAAGACCAUGCUGUCCCUCAACAGGGCGAAGACCCUCGGACAGAGGCUCAGUCUGAUCAGCAGCAUCCGCAUGGCUCACCUCACCCCAGAGCUUCCUGCUGUGGCUGAGUUCUCCACAGCUGAAACGAUGGGUCACAGUGCAGACCGCCUGGCUGCUGCAUUCGGAGUCACCAGGCAGGAGCAGGACGAGUUUGCGGUGCGAUCACACAGUUUGGCCAAAAAGGCCCAGGACAGCGGUCUGCUGGAAGACGUCAUCUCCUUUAAAGUACCAGGCCGUGACAUCGUUUCCCAGGAUAACGGCAUCCGUCCCUCCUCCAUGGAGCAAAUGGGCAAACUGAAACCCGCCUUCAUAAAACCUCACGGCACUGUCACCGCCGCCAACUCCUCCUUCCUAACGGAUGGGGCCUCUGCUGUGCUCAUCAUGUCUGAAGAAAAAGCUUUGGCUAUGGGUUACAAGCCUAAAGCCUACCUCAGAGACUUUGUCUACGUGUCCCAGGACCCCAAAGAUCAGCUGCUUUUGGGGCCAACGUACGCCACACCAAAAGUCCUGGAACGGGCUGGCUUGUCUUUGAAUGAUAUUGACGUCUUUGAGUUCCACGAGGCGUUCGCAGGUCAGAUAAUGGCAAAUCUGAAGGCUAUGGACUCGGAUUGGUUCGGCCAGACGUACUUGGGCAGGAAAUCGAAGGUGGGACCUCCUCCCAUGGAGAAGUUCAACCUGUGGGGGGGCUCUCUGUCUCUGGGUCACCCGUUCGGUGCCACAGGCUGCAGGCUGGUGACCACAGUGGCACAUAGGCUGAAGAAGGAGGGAGGACAGUACGGACUGGUUGCGGCUUGUGCUGCCGGAGGACAGGGUCAUGCCAUGGUGAUCGAGGCGUACCCCCAGUAAACAAAAAUAUCUGCAACCCAAAUCUUCAGAUUCAUCAUGACGACUACACACACACGCUAAUAUCCAGACAACAGAGGGUACAUAUUCGCACCACUUUGCCUUGAUUAGAAAAAGAGUCCGAUGCAGUUUGUUUAGAAAUCUUGUGUAAAUUCAGUUUUUGCUCCCAGGAUGUGAAAUUAUCGUGGAAUGUCUUGGAGGAGUGUUGCCUUUUGAUUCUGUGGACUUUUAAGGUGCAACUCUGUCAGCGUCGUCACUGAGUGGAAUGUAAUAUAGCUAAAUUUUAACACUCACAGGAGAUGGAGUGAUCCUAAUGUUUAUAUAUGAUGUAAUAUGUUUUUCUAACAAACUGUUGGAAUUAAAGAGUGUGAUCAUCAUCACACUACAACUCA